CCCACAUACAGUAUUAAAGACAAAUCUCAAUGCAAUAUCAGCAUUUAUGCUUUAGAAGAUACAGGUAAGUGCAACUGGGCCUUUGCUGCUGUCAAUAUCUCCUUCGGAUUGUAUCACCGUAUUUGUCUCUUGUCGAUACGGGACCUACCAUAAUCAUUGAAAUUAUUCCGAGCGAUCGAUACCUCUCCAUUGCCAACUUUAUCAUUUUAAACGACAAUAGUAACAUGACCUCCCAGCCUGCAAAGCUUAACCUUUUCGAAUUCCUCCACCUCAUCUCACCAAUCCAGCCGACCACCCCAAGUGGCUAUCCAUCCCCAUCAUUCAUCUGGCUCGGCAUUUGCGUCGCCAUAGUCAUUUUAGUCUGCAUCUUCGACUCCAUUAAAACCUUCCGCCGGUGCUUCUUCUUGUAGCACGAUGAACGACGCGGAGAAAAUUCGCCAGCGCCUGGUCCAAAUCGGAACCUCGCUCAACGAUCUCAUCAGAAGCAUCGAAAAUGCAGAGACUCUGCCGCCAUGGCCGGCAAUUCUUAGAACAGUCCAGCUCCUCACAAAUCCGUUGACAUCUCUAAGACCUGCCCUGCAGGCGCAAGUGCUGAAUUCUAUGCACGUGUACCCUGCGUCAAAGUUCCCGGGACGCACAGAAGAGAUGAUGCUGCAGCAACUGCUACGCAAGAAGCUUGACCCGAAAGUUGAGGAUUGGAUUACGUCCAUGUCAAAAGAGACAGACGGCGCACCACUCGGUGAGGGAGAUUCGACACAAGGUUUCAACGAUUCGAUGCUUGAAGAAUUGUGGGACUGGGCUGGGCCGGCCGCGAACGAGGUUGCCAAGGAGGUCCUUAUGCCCGAUGAGGAGGAUGAAGAGGAAGAAGAUGAGGAAAUGGCGGACGCGGAUGAAACUCGGGCUGGAGAAGCGCAGCAGCAGCAAACCACCGUCCCCGGAAUGUCUUUGGAGCAGGUGUUACGGUUCACAGUCAUGGGCCAACAAUGACGAGGUUUCAACAUAUGAUUCCCGUUGGAACAAGGUCUUUGCAUUCCAGCCACGACGCCAUGAAAAAACAUCAUGUCGAGCCCAUCACCUGGUGAGACACCUGCUAGUCCAGUUGGACCUGCUGUUGGUUUCCCAGCCCUACCAGUCGUAACGGGGAAGAAUAUUAG